AUGUGGUUGGGCUGCAAAAGGUUUAUACUGAAGGAAAAGGAUGAAGAGAUUUCAAAAGCUAAGAAGAUUUACAAAAGGGUUUUCCUUCGAUACCAUUUACUGAAUACCCUAUGGCUGAUCACUUUCUCGUUAAUACUUGAUAAAUUGGAGCCAAUUUUAGCAAAACUUGAAAACGAUGACAGGAUUUCAGACGAUUGUCUCAAAUCAAUACACUAUACCAUAGAUGAAGGGCUUAAAAUGAAGUGGUGGGCAAUUAAACUGUUUGACUCUUGGGGUCAUUUCCCGAGUGGCUUCAUGGAGGGGACGUAUGGAUCGUUAGGUGAUUUUGAUGAAUGUCUAGAUGUGGUCCCCGACACCGACUGGAAGAUGUGCCACGAUUGUCAACCUCACAGAUAA